AUGUUGGAUAUUUGCUUGGAAAGACGCGUGGGUACGACCUCGGCUGCCCCGAAGUGUAGCUCCAGCAUUGUGAGGUCGCAAGCCUUGGCCCAGGGGACCAUGAAAAUGGACAUGGAGGACGCGGAUAUGACUCUGUGGACAGAGCUUGAGUUUGAAGAGAAGUGUACAUACAUUGUGAAUGACCACCAGUGGGAUUCUCACGCUGAUGGAGGCACCUCGGUGCAGGCCGAGGCAUCCUUACCCAGGAACCUGCUUUUCAAAUAUUCCACCAACAGCCAAGAGGUUAUUGGAGUAGUGAGUAAGGAGUACAUACCAAAAGGAACACGUUUUGGGCCUCUAAUAGGUGAAAUCUACACCACUGAUACAGUUCCUAAGAACACCAGCAGGAAAUAUUUUUGGCGGAUCUAUUCCAGAGGGGAGCUCCACCACUUCAUCGAUGGCUUUAAUGAGGAGAAAAGCAACUGGAUGCGCUAUGUGAAUCCUGCACACUCUGCCCGGGAGCAAAACCUGGCUGCAUGUCAGAACGGGAUGAACAUCUACUUCUACACCAUUAAGCCCAUCCCUGCCAACCAGGAGCUUCUUGUGUGGUAUUGUCGGGACUUUGCAGAAAGGCUUCACUAUCCUUAUCCUGGAGAGCUGACAAUGAUGAAUCUCACACAAACUCAGAACAAUCCAAAGCUGCAGAGUAUGGAGAAGAACGACCUUUGCCCCAAGACCCUGCCCAAGAGAGAGCAUAGUGUGAAAGAGAUCCUCAAGCUGGACUCGUACCCAAACAAAGGAAAGGACCUGUACCAUUCCAACAUUUCACCCCUCACUUCAGAAAAGGACGCUGAUGACUUCAGGAAAAAUGGAAGCCCCGAAAUGCCCUUCUACCCUCGGGUGGUUUACCCCAUCAGACCCCCUCUCUCAGAAGACUUUCUGAAAGCUUCUCUGGCCUACAGCAUGGAGAGGCCCACCUACAUCCCCCAUUCACCUAUUCCAUCCUCCACCACACCAAGUCCCUCUGCCAGAAGUAGCCCUGACCAAAGCUUCAGAAGCUCCAGUCCUCAUAGCAGCCCGGGGAACAAUGUGUCACCCCUGGCUCCGGGCCCUCAUGAACCCCGGGACUCGUACACCUACUUGAAUGGGCCCUAUGGCACCGAAGGCUUGAGCUCCUAUCCAGGCUAUCCGCCUACCCCUCACCUGCCCCCUGCCUUCCUCCCCUCCUAUACCCCUCACUACCCCAAGUUCCUAUUGCCCUCCUACAGUAUGAAUUGUAACAGCCUCAGCUCCAUGGGCAACAUCAACAGCCUCAACAACUUCAGCCUCUUCCCACGGCUCUACCCCGUCUACAGCAACCUCCUCGGCGGGGGCAGCCUGCCUCACCCCAUGCUCGCUCCAACCACUCUCCCCAACUCGCUACCUUCUGAUGGGGCCCGGAGAUUGCUCCAGCCUGAGCAUCCUCGGGAAGUAAUUGUCCCAGCACCCCACAGUGCCUUCUCCCUCCCUGGGGCGGCUGCUGCUCCCAGCAUGAAGGACAAGGGGGGUAGCCCCACCAGUGGGUCUCCCACUGCGGGCACAGCGGCCACCUCUGAACACGUGGUGCAACCCAAAGCUACCUCAGCAGCCCCAAGCAGCGAUGAGGCCAUGAAUCUCAUCAAGAACAAGAGGAACGUGACCGGCUACAAGACUCUGCCCUACCCACUAAAGAAGCAGAAUGGCAAGAUCAAGUAUGAAUGCAAUGUGUGUGCCAAGACCUUCGGCCAGCUCUCAAAUCUAAAGGUCCACCUCAGAGUUCACAGCGGAGAACGGCCUUUUAAAUGUCAGACCUGCAACAAGGGAUUCACUCAGCUGGCCCACCUGCAGAAACACUACCUGGUACACACGGGAGAGAAGCCACAUGAAUGCCAGGUUUGCCACAAACGCUUCAGCAGCACCAGCAAUCUUAAGACCCACCUGCGCCUACACUCGGGCGAGAAGCCCUACCAGUGCAAGGUCUGCCCUGCCAAGUUCACCCAGUUCGUGCACCUGAAGCUCCACAAGCGCCUGCAUACCCGGGAGCGGCCCCACAAGUGCAUGCACUGCCACAAGAGCUACAUCCAUCUCUGCAGCCUCCAGGUUCACCUGAAGGGGAACUGUCCAGCUGCCCCUGCCCCAGCGUUGACGCUAGAGGACCUGAGCCGCAUCAACGAGGAGAUCGAGAAGUUUGACAUCAGUGAUAACGCUGAUCGGCUGGAGGAUGUGGACGACAAUGUUGACGUGAUCUCAGUGGUGGAGAAGGAAAUCUUGGCUGUGGUCCGGAAGGAGAAGGAAGAAACGGGCCUGAAAGUGUCUUUGCAGAGAAACCUGGGCACCGGACUUCUCUCCGGGUGCAGUCUCUAUGAAUCCUCGGACCCCUCCCUCAUCAAGUUGCCUCACAGCAACCCACUACCUCUUCUACCUGUAAAGGUCAAACAAGAAACAGUUGAACCGAUGGAUCCUUAA